AUGCCUGAGUCAAUAAAGGGAAUCUCUGCCAAAUUAAAACCUGGCCAACCCACCCAACUCUGGUCAUUUGCCAACGCGGUGGCAUUGUUGGAUAACACGUUUGAUCAGAACAUUUCCGACUCGUUGAAUGAGUUUUUGUUGUCCCACAAGUCGCUUUUGGCUGAUUCCAACCCUUUGACCAAGAGUGACAGUGAGACCAUCACCGCUGGUACCAAGGAAAUUACCCUCAAUGGAAUCCUUUAUACGGGAAUUACCGACCAGAAUGUGGCGGACUCCAAAAAACUUAGUGAAAUACUCCAACUCGAUCAGAAACACUGUUUGAGAAUAAUUUCUCAAGUGUCAAAGAGGUAUCCAGAAACAAAGUUACAGGACUUGAAGUUGAAUUCCAAAAUCAAGUUUCUUGACGAUAGAGAAACCCUAGCACAACAGGAGAGGUUGUACUUGUACAGCUCAAGUAUAUUGAGAGAGAGGAGAACCAUUUUAGAGUGUUCAUUGGAACUUUUGAGCCGAAAAUUGGAUACCUCCAGCUCCCUGACCAUCCAAAAUUUGGGAAGAGACUUGUUCUUGUCAUCUGAAUACUUUGAUUCCACCAUAAAAGGAUUACAAGAUCAGAUAACUAGCUUGACUAGCAAAACUUACAUCAGUGAGGUGCCUGAACAGAUAAGCAGUCUCAUUUAUAAAGAGACCCUCCUCACGAUUGUUACCUAUUUGAAAAUCCUUGUCGAGAUGUCUAUCAACAACAACAGUUUAUCGACUAAAUCUGUACUGGGUUGGUUCGACCUCAUGCAUUCCACGAACUUUACCGUCAGCUUGAACCCAAUUAUUAAAGAAUCGGAAUCGGAGUGUCUAAGUCUCAUCAAUUCCUUAUCCAGCGUUGUUUGCAUAUCUCUCCUUGACUUGGACAAGAACUAUGGGAGUGAUUCUAGCGAAAGCUUGAUGAACAACGCUGUUAUAUUCAAACAGAUCAAUGAGAUCAUCACCAGUCCAGACAACAAGAACGCCAUUGCAAUGUAUGCAUGGUCAAUAAUACUAUUGAGAAAGAGCUAUUUGUUAGAGGAGAUUCCUAACAGCUCGUUUACCAAUGUUCUUGGAGUAGAACUUAUAGACAACUCAAUCAAUGACUUGAGCAUAAGAUGCCGAGACUUGAACGUGUUUCAUGAGAUUGCUACUGUCAACAACAUCCUUAAGUUUGACAAUUUGUAUCCAACAAUCUUGUCGUCAUUGAUUCUAGCAUCUAUGCCGUUGAUUACCUUAAACCCUCAGAUUGCCUCAACAAUUUCAAUGGUAAUGAAAGCAUGUCCGGAUUUCAUAGUAGAAAGAUUUUUCGAAAACCAAGCCACUAACAAUGCAUUGAUUCUUACACGGGCAAAGUUUCCUAUCCAAUUGAGUUCUUUCUUGAAAUUGGCAUCUAUUAAUGGGAACUUCGCCUUGAACGAGUUGAAAGAAAUGAAAUCGUAUAUGUGCCUGUUCCAAAAGUCAGAAUUGAACUUGAUGUCGGUGAUUGAUGAUGAAAACACAGAGUUGAUAAAGUUGACUAAAUCAAUUGACAUAUACCCUCCUUAUGAAAUCAACAAUAGGUUAUCAUUGUUAUUGGAAGUUAAUACCAAGGGGAAAAUACUCCCUGGCUCUAGUGAUUCCGAAGAUUUGGUGGCCUUUCUCUACAGGUUUAGCGGAAUAGCCUUUUUAGGUCGGGUUUUACAGAACUUGUCUAUUGUAUUUGACCCUUUUGACGUCGAAAAGGUCGAACUUACUGUUGAUAUUUUUGUCUUAUUGACCCAAAUUUUAAAGGAUGCAGAAUCUACUGAAGGAAUUUAUUUAAUUGAAACCAUGUCUGCAUACAUGGAUGGAUCAGAUGUGAUUGAAAUUAUUCUCCGGCUAUUGGAGCAAGGUUUACACUCCCGAAACGUCAAACUUUCCAAAGCAGUUUGUGACUUACUUUACUUUUUGAAUCCGUUAGCAAGUGACAGAAUAUGGAGUUACUUGUCCAGUUCAAUUCUAUUAUCAGAUGGCGGAAAAGAAGGAUUCGUUUCCACCAUUUUCUCAUCGAUUGAAAUGAUCAAUGGAAACUACGACUUUACGCUAUCUUUUAUAAAAUUGACAGAAGUGCUUGCUCAUGAUAGUUUGCUGUCUUAUUUCCAGCAUUCAGUGGAGACUAAGUCGAUGGUUUUAUCCAAAUGUAUCAACCACUUGAUCUUGGUUUUUGAGUCUUUUAUCCACUGCAGAUUCAAUGACUCUUACCAGAAAAUGGAGAUAGGAUCCUUAAUUUUGGAUACUUUUGCGAAUGUCUUGAGUAUGGUCUAUGGAUUACAGAAUUCGUCUUCAAACAGCAAGAUAAGUGAAGUCUUCAGAUCCCCUGCAAAGUUGAUUGUUGAUUCAUUCUUAAUUGAUAAGUCAGACUUCUCAAGAACUUGUUACCCAUUGACAUCAUUGAUUGAAUCCUUGGAACAAGAUAUAAUCGAGUACGAAUUGAAGGAUAUCACCUCAUCUUUAUGUAAAACCUGGUUCUCAAGUGUAUUGAAAUUUUCUGAAUUGAUUGUAUCCAUAAGGACUUCUAUUCAUUAUCGUCCUUCCACGUUUGAAGCUUCUUUAUUUAACCAAGUUCCUAAGUUGGUCAAAUGUUACGCCACUUUCGAACCAUUGAGAAAGGAUAUUUUGACAUUGUUGACCGCUCUUACUAAUGGUGACUGGCCUCAUGAUAUGAGACCUUCAUUAUUGUCUCAUUUGGGUAGAAACAAUACUCAGAUUUUAUUGAUGUCUAUUAUUGCUGACCUAGAGAACGACUUUGAUAAUUAUAAUGUGAAGGUUGCCAUCUACGAUUUCAUUUCUGCUGUUAUGAGGGGGGACCAAGAAGGACUAUGUGUGCUGUUGUUAGGAGUUAGGGACAUUGUCAAUAACUUGAAAGAUAAUGGAACGAAGUCACAAACUCACACUGACCACUCUUUGGUUAAAGUCUUAAGAAAUAAUAUCAAGAACAUCGAAUACUUUCCUGAUCCAGUGGCCCUCCACUUGGUAGACUCGAUGGUCCUAGUAAUCAACAAUUGGAGUUCAAUUAAUUCCUCAACAGACAUCAGUUCUGAUGAAGACCAUGCCUUUAUCGAUCAAUUGAUCACCAAAGUCAGCUCUCCUAUCGUGACCUCAAUGAAAACUGUUGAUGAGUAUGUUGCAAAUUGCUACAAGUUGAAGUUGAUAUCCAAGAUAUUUGAGGUAUUGGCGUUGUACUUAUUUUCGACCAAAAAUGACAAAACCAGAAACAAAAUCACUCUGUUUUUGGCUUCUAAGGGAUUUGAAGGGUCUCUCAGGUCAUUUUUUACCAUUAAAUCGUAUCACAGCUCUUUGCACAACGACCUUGAAUUGGAAUUUGAGAGAAACUUUAAGAACUUCAAGAUCUCAGAUUUUAGGUGUUCUUUGGUGAAGAGAAAUAGGUUUGGUAUCUCCACAGUCUAUAAUUUGACUGUCAUGGAUGGGAUGUUUUCUUCCAAAGAAGCAUGGCCUCAGUUAAAUGAGAAGAUCAUUGCGUCUGAGGUUGAAUUGCAAUACUUGAGUGUUCAAGUCGAUGUGGCCAAGUCUUUGGGGGCUUUGUUAACAGCCUUAUGCAGAAUGGAUGCUCCUAUCUUGAGUAACGACUUUAUCAAAUUCUGUACCCAUUUACUAAGGACCAACAUCGAUGAAGGGCUACCAGCCGAUUUCUUCUUUGAAAUUUUUCAUACCAGAAUUCAAAUUUGCUUUUACAUUAUCUACACGAUUUACAAUUCUCCGAAGGUUGAAAAGGAUCCGAAGAUUGUUUUUGACUUAUUGAAGACUUCGGCUGAGCUUCUUGCUUCUGAAAGCAUGUCAUUCAUUAAGAAUUUAACCCAAAGUAAUGGAUACUACAGACCCUUAUUGAGAGUCAUAUAUUGUUCUUUGUCAAUGAUUCAAAAUGAAACUGAACUUUUAGUUGAAUAUUUCAGUGUUGUGAGGGACUUGUUUGACUUGAUUGUGAAUAAGGCGACCAAGACGGUAUUGGUGGAGAUCCAGAACAGUGUUUACUUGUCAAAGACCAAGAAGGAGACUGAGAUAGUGAAGAUGGAUGAUAGAGUUGAUGAUGUUCUUUUGAUAUUGUCAACUUUGAAAUUGUUUGUCGAAAUCAAGGUAUCACGCAAUAACCAGUUCGAAAUGGCUAAGGUAGUGGAGAGGAAUGACUUGAUUCGGUCAUUACUAAACUUGUAUUCCUUCUCCCAUUUGAUUGAAGUGAAUGGUGAUUAUAUGUUUGCUCAGUUGAGCUUGAUGUUCAUCCAGGAAUUGAUGAAGGUUGAUGUUAUCGCAAAAAGCUUCAUCGACAACCGAUUGUUUACCGUUUUGCAAGGAAGCACAAUUUCAAAUUCCAUCAAGAAUGUGGACUUGAAUAUUUCUUCUUCUCCACAACUUCAUAGAAUUUGGACAAAUGGAAUCUUACCAAUUUUCUUGUUCUCAUUAAGCAAUAUCGGUCCCUCUGUAUUACCCGAUAUCUGCUUUGGGUUGACUACAUUCAAAAAGCCAAUUGAAUCUUGUAUCGAGAGUUGGGCCAAGGAUUCAUCCACAAUCAAAAUCACGUCUGCCAAUAUCAACGAAACCAGUCAGCUAUUGUUGAUAUUCUUCUUGUUAAAGAAAUACAACGUUGAGGGUUAUUUUGGGGUUAAUACCGUUGUGCAAGACUCCAAUACCGUUGACGUUCCAGUAUUGCCAGGGCUUGAUUCAGAGGCCAAAAGAGAAGACUUUGUCGACUAUAUCAACAACUUGUUGAAACACCCUAAGUUCUUAACCUCAAGAAUAUCACCAAGCUCUGUAGAGGAACAACGAAUCAUUGAAGGUGGAGGUCAGCCUUUUGACUCGUUCGUCAAGAAUUUGAUCGAAGAGAUCAGUUCGUUAAAGGACUAUUUAGCAUAG